GCGGGAGGGGGGCUUCCGAAGUGGGGCUUGGAGUGUUAGGGUCAGAGGCGCUCAGCGACUCGGGUGCUAAAGUUUAAGAUAAAGGUAGGAUCUGGAAAGAUGGGGGACUCACUAAGAAAGGAGGGGAGCUGAAGAGUUCUUAAAUUUGAAAGGCAGACUGGGACUCUGCGGCUGGGGGAGGGACCCGUAGGAGUUCUGAGAGGAGGGGAGCUCGAUGGGGCGGAGAAGAGUGUAGUCGGGAGCUUUCGAAGGUCUAGAGUGCGAACGAGAGCCGCCAAACCCCGCGGACGGUGAUAAAGAAUUGGGACUGGCCAAAGCGCAGCAGACACUCCCCUUUCCUCCCUCCCUCCGUCCCUCUCCAGGGCCGCUUGGGUUCUCCAAAAGCCCGUUUCCUGUGCCGGGGGUGGGGGUGGGGGUGGGAGGCGGGGCGGGGGCGCUCUCCCCUCCCACCCCCCCUUCCUUUCCUCCCUACCCCUCCUGGGCCCUCCUCCUUCCUCGGAGGAAACUUUCCGUCCGCUCCGUUGGCGGCCGGGCCGUGGCUCCAGGCCCCCCCAGAAUUGCCUAACCCACCGCCAGACGGGGCGGACAGAACUUCCUCUGUCCCUUUCCCGCCAUGGAGGCGCUGGGCAAGUCGGGGGGCGCUCCCUGUAACUGAAGCUGUGCCUGAAGCUGCUGAGCUGCGCCGGUCUUUUGCAGACAUUUUUCCUGGGGCCUCCCACCCUCUACCCUCCACAGAAGAAACAUGGAGGCCCGGAAACGAGACAUGGAACUGAUCAGUAAUAGCCUGGCAGCCUACGCAUAUGUCCGAGAUCAUCCUGAGAGUUUUGGCCUCUACUUUGUCCUGGGAAUAUGCUUUGGGCUCUUGCUGACCCUUUGCUUGCUGGUCAUCCGGAUCUCCUGCCGACCCCACCCUAGGCCUUCUGGCAAAGGUCCCCAAAAAAUCUCCAGAGGAGACCUCCCGGACGGGGACGAGGAUGAGGACGAGGAUGAUACCGACACCAUGACCCGGCUGGGCCCCGAUGACGCAGGAUCAGGCCCAGAACUGACCCCAGAGAUGGACAGCCCCCUCAGUGUCAACGUCUUCACCUCUGCGGAAGAGCUAGAAAGAGCCCAGCGCCUGGAAGAGCGGGAGCGGAUCCUGCGGGAAAUCUGGCGCACCGGGCAGCCCGACCUCCUCGGCACCGGCACCGGCACCGUGGGCAGGGUUCAUUAUUACUGAUGGACCUUCCUGCAGGGAACUCUGGGAACCGACUUGCAAAUGAGCCACCUUUCUCUCAGAAGCCGGGGAGAACUCUCUCCCGCUCCCCAAGGCCUCCAGACUGGAUCAAUUCUCUUGCACGGUGCUAAGGCUGGACUCCCUCUUGGGGAAUGAGCCCCUCAUUUUCUUAAUGGAUCCUAAGGAGUAGGGACGGGAGGAAGAGGAGUCUCUCCUGGGAGUUUUAAGUGACCAAUGAAAGCUGCCUUAUCAACUCCAUCUGUCCUCUUCAUGCAUGGUCCCCCCCUUGGGAAUAGAGGAAACUUUCAGGGCUGAUCUUCAGGUUGAGGGGGAGCAUGUUGGGGUCGGUUCCUAAACGGUUUUCCUUUCUCUUGUUUGGGGAGAACAGGGCCCAAAUGGCUCCCCAGAGGAGGGGACCCCUGAACGGAAGGUCAGGGAGCCCGGGAGGGUCUGGACUGAAAGCCGAAGGGGGAUAUGCCCCAGUAGCACGAUAAUCCGGCCUCCCUCCCACAGACAUCCCUCCCCCUCCCACCAAAAAGCCUCGGGCCCACGUCCCUUAGAAAAAUGUUUUGUUUCUGUUUGACCACGCCCCUAUUUCCGCCGCCUUUCCCCGGCUUUGGGAGGACACUGACCUUGAGGGCUUGGCUAAGAUUAGCUAUAUGUAGCGUGACCGCC